AUGGAGGAUUUGGUCCGUGUGGGCAGCAUCUUGGUUACUGUCCUCUACUGCUCAGUCUGCGCUCUGGUUGACACUGAUGAUGUCCUUACAAAGGAAGAACAGAUCUAUCUUCUGAUUGAAGCAAAGGAGCAGUGCCAGAAAACCAUAAGAAUCCAACUAGAGAAACCCAAAGAUACCAGCUGUUUACCAGAGUGGGAUGGAAUUAUCUGCUGGCCCAAGGGCUCUCCAAACCAACAGGUGUCGGUCCCGUGCCCAAAAUACAUCUAUGAUUUCAACCACAAAGGUCAUGCCUACAGACACUGUGAUGCCUAUGGGAGCUGGGAGCUAGCACUCAGCAUCAACAAGACCUGGGCUAACUAUACAGAAUGCACUAAGUUCUUCACUCCUGAGCACCGGAGCCGAGAGAAGGAGGUGUUUGACCGCCUGCACAUGAUGUACACGAUAGGCUACUCCAUCUCCCUGGCCUCCCUUCUUGUCGCCGUGAGCAUCCUAUGCUACUUCAAGCGCCUACAUUGCACACGAAACUACAUCCACAUCCACCUCUUCAUCUCCUUCAUCUGCCGGGCUGUGAGUAUCUUUGUGAAGGACGUGGUUCUGUAUUCUGGCUUAUUGCCUGAGGACCUGGAGAUGACACGCCUUGAAGAUCUAGAGAGCGAGUUGGUCCCUGUGGCAGGACACCAGACCCAUCUGGUGGGCUGCAAGGUGGUGGUGACUCUUUUCCUCUAUUUCCUGGCCACGAACCACUACUGGAUCCUGGUGGAGGGUCUGUACCUGCACAGCUUAAUCUUCAUGGCCUUCCUCUCUAAUAAGAACUACCUGUGGGCCCUCACCAUCAUCGGUUGGGGUCUCCCUGCCAUGUUUGUGUCUAUCUGGGCCAGUGUCAGGGCCUCCCUGGCAGAUACACAAUGCUGGGACCUCAGUGCUGGGAAUCUGAAGUGGAUAUAUCAAGUCCCUAUCUUAGCAGCCAUUGUGGUGAACUUCUUCCUUUUCCUCAACAUUGUGAGAGUUCUGGCAUCCAAGCUCUGGGAGACCAACACAGGGAAGUUGGACCCUCGGCAACAAUACAGGAAGCUGCUGAAGUCCACCCUGGUGCUGAUGCCGCUCUUUGGAGUCCAUUAUGUGGUGUUCAUGGCAAUGCCCUACACGGACGUCUCCGGGGUCCUGUGGCAAAUACAGAUGCACUAUGAGAUGCUCUUCAACUCCUCUCAGGUUUGUCCAUGCUGGGAGGUGGGUCAUGCCCAGCUCUCCUGCCCCAGCACAACCCAGGUCUUGCUGCUUAGUUCUGGCAAGAACCAGUGUGGGACCCUGUCUUCCUUUGUAAAAUCCUCCUUUGUGAAAGCUCUUAGAGAUCCACACGUGCAAAAACUUUGGCAGAGGUGGCUCCAGUUCAGCCUGCUCUGUGGGGCGCUGAAAUUGGCCUUUGCUUUCCACGUCUUCUCUUUUGCCGGCUGCUCUGCUGAGUCUGCCAAGCCAUUCUGGGUAGUUCUGCUGGUUUUGAGCCUGGUUGCAGCUGCCCUGCCUAGUAUGGGGAUGGCUGGUUCAGCUGAACAAGCUGUGACUGGGAACAGGCUGAGCAAGGCAAUUCUUCCAGGGGAACCACUGCUGCCAAAACAUGAGGGGCCAGGGAAGCAGGCUAGUCAAAGUGCCACAAGCUGA